AUGACGGAUUGACUUCAGUUCAGUUAUCUCCGACGUUUAUCGUUAAAAAUAGUUCAAAAAAGUGCAACAGAAUGUCUCUUGAAGGAAAGUACGAAAUUGUUAGCAGCGAAAACCUUGUCGAAUUUUUAAAAUCGUUGGGAGGCGAUGGAUCUGCAGAAGAUGCAAAUGCCUUCGUUAACCAGAAAGUUACCAUUGAAUUCAAACAGGAUGGUAACAAAUAUUCAUACAUUUCUACCACAGACAGAGGUUCCAGGACUGUUACCUUCGAACCUGGCAAGGAAUUCACUGAAGAACUUCUAGGAAAAGUUCAACUUAAGAGUGUGGCAAGCGUGGCUGGUAACAAAGUUACCAUUAAGUCUAAAAUUCCCAACGGGGCUGAAAUUACUCGCGUCUAUAAUAUCAACCCUGAUAGUGUGAUAGUGGAAUUGUCCGGGGGUAACGUUAAAGCCAAACGUACUUAUAAGAGAGUCUAAAGGCUGAAUUCAUCCAGCAUUUUGGAAAUACAAUUUAUUAUUUAGUUUAGAUCUUGUUUUGGACUUAUUGAAUUUGUUUAAUAAAAAAUGUAAUUGUACCCAUUAAAUUACUAAAAUACAA